AUGGCGAAAGAUGCUGCUCCAAGUUCUUCUUCUCUAGAAGAGACAGUCACAGCUGUCGCUACCUCUAGCUUCCAAAACCCUCUCUUCCAAAGGGCUUACCAGUACACUGCCACUCCCUACCCAGCAUGGUUUUCGUCUGUGUCCAUAUUCUUAACGCCGUUCAUUAACAGAAAGAUUCUUUCUCACAGAGUAAAAGAGAAUAAAGCUACUACCAAACUCAUGAUACCUGUUGGAACUUUCAGUUCUAUUUUCUAUGGUUCUGCGUUUGCUCUUGCAGGCUUUAUAAUCCAGGAUGGAGAUGUGACCAAUGGUGCUGGUUUCACGUUUGUGUGGUCGACAUUAUAUUUGCUAGUUCAUGGAAGGAAGUCACUUGCUGGUCUUCGCUAUGGACAGCCAUGGCCUUUGUUUUUGGCAACAACUCUUGCUGGAAAUGCCAUUUUGCAUGGCAGGCGUUUUUUCUUUCCUUAG